AUGGAAUAUCAUAUUACACAACAUUCAUUUAUGGAUUAUGGAGAUGAUAAUAAUAAUAAUGAUGAUGAUGAUUUGAAAAGUCACUUUUCUAACAUUUAUUCUCAUGAUGAAAAAAUCAAUAAUCAAUCAAAUAUGUAUGAUUAUAUGAUUGAUAAUUUACAAGAUGAAAUGAAUCCCGACUUUUCAACUAGUAAUAAUAAUAGUAAUAGUAAUAAUAAUAAUGAUAAUAGUCGAAAGGAAUCAACAAUAUUAAAUCAAGCAUCAUUAAUGUGGCUUGAUGAUUCAUUAGAUACAGAUAUUCUACCAUUAUCUGGAUUAAGUGAAUUAUCAUCAUAUAGUAUUCCUAUAAUAUCAAAUGAUAAUUCUGAAAAUGAUGAUUCUAAUUGGAGUAUGUGGUUAAAAACAUGUUCAUCUCAAUCACCAGCUACUGAUAGGAAAGCAAAUAAAUUUACUAUCAAAUUAUCAAAUGAAGAUUUUUCUAUUCAUCAUCAAGAACCAGAUUAUGCACAUCAUAGGCAUCAUUAUCAACAUCAUCAUCAUCAUCAUCACCACCAUCAUCAUCAUUGUCAACAGUAUGAUCAAUGUCAAAAUCAUAAUACAGAUAAGGGAAUUAAUUUAACAAAUGAAGAAUCUUUGAAGAAAACAAAUGACACUGACAAUAAUAUUGAUGAGGUUGGACAACAACAACAACCACAACCACGUAGGGAUUCACUAAACACUGAAGUGACAGAGAAAAUCGAACCCAUUGAAAAUGAUAUUGAUAAUCUUCCUCAUUUCCGGGAUAAAUAUCCUCCUCAUCAUUGUCAUCAUAUUCAUCAUCACCAUCAUCAACAUCAUCAUCAUCACCAUCACCAUCAUCAUCAUCAUCAUAUUCAUGAAGAUCAACAAUCAUCUCUGAAUGAAAUGACUAAUUCUAUUGAAGAAUGUAAAAAAUGUCAAUCAUUUGAAUGCAAACGAAAUUAUACACUGGAUAAAAAUUUGAAUGAUGAUAUCAAAGAUAAAGAUAAUGAUAAUGAUUUUAUUAAAACAAUUGAUUAUUUAAAUGAAAUGUUCAAUUUAGAAUUGACUGAUUUUUGGCAUACAUCACAUAAUCGUGUUAUUCAAUGGUUGAAUAAUAAUAUACAACAAACUAUGUCAACAUUAAAAGAUUAA